CAGCCGCACGGGGAGCGGUGGGGUCACCGUGCAUGGAGGUGUUCAGCGAGAUGAGGCACUGAGGGAUGUGGGCACGGUGAGUUGGGUUGGACUGGAUGAUCACGGAGCUCUUUUCUAGCCUUAAUGCUUCUAAGAUUUUGCUUAAAGAAAGGUAGAAGCUGUUACCUCCCUAUUUUGUGAAGUGAUUCAAUAGAGAUCCGAAAACCAUGUUGCAGCUGGAGCAGCUUGGCAACUAAACAGCUGAUAGGAGUGAGCAGGGCUUGGGAGCUCUGUGUAAGGCAUCUGUGUUCCUGGUGGACCUGGAGGCAUUUAAGAACACAUUAGUGGUAGCCUGCACGCACACACAGAGGAUAAAAAUAACGAAACAUUGAAAUUUGCAGUCAGCAGUUCUGUAUGUUGCAGCCUAAAAUACACACGAGAUACCGACCUGUUGGGAUGCUGAGCUGCAGCUGCUCGAUUCUUUGAUACACAGUGCUCCAUUUGGCCACCGAAUGUGCUGCCCUUGUCACAAAUUCCUGCAGGACAGAUUCCACAUUAGGUUCUGGGCAAGAUGACCACGCUCACACGACAGGACCUUAAUUUUGGGCAAGUUGUUGCAGAUGUUCUUUCAGAAUUUCUAGAAGUGGCCGUUCAUCUCAUCUUAUACGUUAGAGAAGUUUACCCUAUUGGGAUCUUUCAGAAGAGGAAAAAAUACAACGUACCUGUCCAGAUGUCCUGCCACCCAGAGCUCAAUCAGUACAUCCAGGACACGCUGCACUGUGUAAAGCCACUGCUUGAGAAGAAUGACGUGGAGAAAGUUGUAGUUGUAAUCCUGGAUAAAGAGCACCACCCAGUGGAGAGAUUUGUCUUCGAAAUCACCCAGCCACCCCUCCUUUCCAUUAGUUCAGAGUCCUUGCUGUCCCACGUGGAGCAGUUACUGCGUGCCUUCAUCCUGAAGAUAAGUGUGUGUGAUGCUGUGCUGGACAACAAUCCCCCAGGCUGCACCUUCACAGUUCUGGUUCACACACGAGAGGCCGCUACACGCAACAUGGAGAAGAUCCAGGUGAUAAAGGAUUUCCCAUGGAUUCUCGCUGAUGAACAAGAUGUGCACAUGCACGACCCCCGGCUUAUCCCGCUGAAAACUAUGACUUCUGACAUCUUAAAGAUGCAGCUUUAUGUAGAAGAACGAGCCCACAAAGGCACCUGAUUUCAACUCUUCCUUUUCUUCAAGCCUCAUCUGAUCUUCCAGCGGAGUAAGAUCUCUCACCAACCAUACCUUGAUAGCCCAGUCUCCUCAGCUGGCCUUCUGGAUGAAUGUAGAGCAGCUGCUGCCUCUUUAUUUCAAGUGCUCUUACCAGUGUAUAUAGAACUGACUUGGAAUGUGGAGCCAGAGCCUGUUCCCAUGUACACUCAUGUGUGAGAGUGAGUAGAGGUUUCAUGACAGUGAAUCCCUGGGGGUAGGAUACAGCUGACUGCGGUCGGCUCUUUGUACAAAUCCAGUUCUUGCCUUAAACAGGACAUCUCCAUUGCACACUGGUAGUGCUAACCAGGGAUCUGCUGUAUGCUCCACUAGAGCAAUGGUCUGAUACCAUGCGCGAGUGAGGCCUUAUGUAGCAUCUGUCCACUGUGACUGUCCCAAGUAGUCUUCAAUAAAUAUCAAGUUUUACUCCA